AUGGUGCCGGCGGCGCCAGCGCCCUCCACGCCGAAAGACGACGACAUGUACGCCCUCACCGAGCUCACCCCGUCCUCGCCCACCUCGCCCGACGCCCAACCGCAAGAGCGCGAAACGUCCACCCUGCCCCCGGUAGACAAGGGCAAAGACGCCAUCCUCUUCCUCCUCGCCGCAGCAGCGAUGGACGGGCUCGUCUGGGGCUUUCCCUUCAGCGUCGGCGUGCUCCACGAGUACUGGAGCUCGUCGCUCUUCCCGGGGCAGGGGGACGCGAAUGCGCUCAGCUUGGCGAGUACCCUGCCCACUGCGAUUUUGUUCGCGUCGGGCGCUAUUAUGGGGCCCAUCUUCACCGCCCUGCCCUGGUACGAGCGCCAAAUCCAGCUCCUCGGCCUGUUCGUCGCGACUGCCGGCCUGAUUGCCAGCGCGUUCGUCACGCAGGCAUGGCAGCUGGUGAUCACCUUUGGGAUCAUGUAUCCGUUCUCGGGGGCCUUCUACCUCCCCUGCGCGACAAUCAUCUUCGAAUGGUUCCACCAGUACCGCGGCCUGGCAACAGCGACAGUGUUCGCCGGCGCAGGCGUAGGCGGCACAGUGUAUCCGUUCGUCGUGAACGCCCUGCUCGGCAAGUUUGGCUACCGCACCACCAUGCUCUCUCUCGCCCUGUCGUACGCGGCGCUCAACCUCGUCGCGGUCGUGUUCAUCAAGCGCCGCAUCCCGCUCCCGCCGCGCGAGGCGGGCGUGAGGCGGCACGCGCGCAGAAAGAUGGACUUUAGGUGGAUGCGUGCGCGGGCGCCUGCCGUCGCGUUCACUUUUAUGAUGAUUACGAGCUUGUCGUCUUUCAUCCCGAUGUUGUGGCUCCCGUCCUUCGCAGCAACAGUCAACGCCACGCGCCCAGGCGGCGCAGCGAUCCUCUCGAUCCUCAACGCCGUCACGGUCCCCGGGCUGAUGAUAACGGGGCACAUUUCCGACCGCGUCCCCGUCCGCUGGAUCCUCCCGCUGUGGUGCAGCGUCGCGGCGGCGGGGUGCCUGCUGCUCUGGGGCUUCGGGACCAGCUCUGGCCCGCUCGUCGCGUUCAGCAUCGUUUGGGGGAUGAGUGGCGCCAGUGUCGCGGGGACUUAUGGCAAGAUGGUGACGAUUAUGGCUGACGGCGACCCAAUGGUCCCCGGCCUCGCGCUCCCCCUCCUCAUCGCCCUCCGCGGGGUAGGCAACCUGACCUCGGGGCCCAUCAGCACCAAGCUCCUCCAAUACGGCCCGUUCAAGGGCGCCGCGGGCGCGUACGGCGCGACGACGUAUGGGCCGUUGCUGAUCUUCGUGUCGGCGUGUACGUUUCUCGGGGGGGUCGCGGGGGCGUUGUUCCCUCUCCGGGGGAAGAACUCUGGUGUGGGGGUUUAG